AUGAAUCCUUCAGAAUCAGAAGAAGACGUACGCGAAGAACAGAAUGAUAUCUGGGAUGACUCAAAGUUGGAACAUGCAUACGACAAGGCUCUAUCAAUUGCAAGUGAUGAAGUGGCAAAACGUUUUGCUAUGUCAACUAAUACACAGUUUAAGAACGAAUCCAGCACAGAAAAAGAUCAUACAGAAGAAAACAAGGUUGAGCCAUCCCAAACGAGUGGGGCGAAAAAUCCACGUAAAAAAGUGAUACAGUGGAAAGCUGGUAUGGCAUGCCGAGCAAUAUAUGAGGGAGAUGAGCAGGAGUACGAGGCGUUUAUAGAAAGCCUGAUCAGCGACACAGAAUGUGUUGUAAGAUUCUUAGGCUAUGAUAACUCGGAGAUAGUGUCAAUAAGCACAUUGAAGCCGUCUUUGGUCAGUCGCCGGAUAAUAUGGAGUGCAGCGACGUUUGCCACUAGCGCUGGUAGCGCAGAAAGGUCAUUCAGGAAAAAGAAAGCACAGAAGAAGAAGAAGAACCAAGGAAUGUCAAACUAUUUGCCAGAAAUGGGCUUAGGGCAAAUGUCAAUGCUCAACCCUGCUUUCUUAGGAAAUCUCGGCACGAUGGACAUGCCGCUACCACCGCCACCCCCAAUUGGUUUCCCAUCCGGACGCAACAAUUCCGAAGAGCAGGCGAUAUCGUCCAUGCUGCUCAGUUGGUACAUGAGCGGUUACUACACCGGACUGUAUCAGGGAAUGAAGAGGGUGAAGGAAAACCGAAGAAACCCGUCAAAC